GGAAGUGGUAUUUUGUGAACAGCAACGCAUUGAUUUUUCCCACAACAAUAAAAGAGGGGGGACGCAUACAGAUUUUAAAAACCUUCACGAAAGCGCACACAAACCCUUUUCAAUCCCGGUUUUAAAGAUACGCCGUUGUCAGUCAUGCUGUCGGACGCAGACUACCCUGGGAAUGCCUCCGGUGCUCGGCGAGCUAAGAAGAGGAACUCAGGGGAGCCACCUGGAGACGGGCAGACCCUCCGUUCAUCUGGACGGCAGAUCAACGUCCGGGUGAAACGCACCAACAACCCUCCACCUGGACAGAGCAAAAGAAAAGCUACAGACACAGAGGAGGAAGAUGACCAGUCAGAGAAGAAAUACAGGAAGUGUGAGAAGGCUGGAUGCUCAGCUACGUACCCAGUUUGUUUUGCAAGUGCAUCUGAAAGGUGUGCUAAAAAUGGAUACACAUCUCGAUGGUAUCACCUGUCAUGCGGCGAGCAUUUUUGCAAUGAGUGUUUUGACCACUAUUACAGAAGUCACAAAGAUGGCUAUGAGACCUUUGCUGCUUGGAAGAAAGUGUGGACAAGUAAUGGGAAAAGUGAGCCGAGCCUUAAAGCUUUCAUGGCAGACCAGCAGCUCCCAUACUGGGUUCAGUGUACCAAACCAGAUUGUAGGAAGUGGCGUCAGCUGACGAAAGAAAUUCAACUCACUUCUUCACUUGCAGCAACGUAUCGCUGUGGAAUGAAGUUUAACAAUAUUAAGACUGAAGGACCGGACCAGUGCUCCCAACCUGAGGACCUGAGAGUGGUUGAGGUGACUGACAGCUGGUGGCAUUCGAUGCUGAUUUUGCCACCUUUGUUUAAAGAAAGUCCAGCCAGCCCUUUCCUUGCUGCUUACUACCCAGACUGUGUAGGAAUGAGUCCGUCAGGCUCUCCCAGCAACAUGUCUCUGAAUGAGCUGAGGGCAGAUCACUGCAGAGCUGUACAGCCACAAAUUCCAGGUCUUUGUCCGUAUUUCCAACCCUUCUACCAGCCUAACGAGUGUGGUAAAGCUCUUUGUGUGCGACCGGAUAUGAUGGAACUGGAUGAGCUUUAUGAAUUUCCUGAAUUUUCCCGCGAUCCUACCAUGUAUCUGGCUUUGCGCAACCUUAUUCUGGCCUCCUGGCACAGGAACUGCAAGGAGGUGCUGACUUCUCAGAAAUGUGCUCUUCAUAUCAUCGUUCGAGGGUUGGUGCGUGUGCGCUGUGUACAGGAGAUGGAUCGGGUUCUCCACUUCAUGACCAGGAAGGGUCUGAUCAACACAGGUGUGCUGAUGGUCAAACGGCCUCUGCUGCCUGAAAGAUAUCGCUCUAAGAAUGUCAUCAUCAUUGGUGCAGGGGCAUCAGGGCUGGCUGCUGCACGGCAACUGCAAAACUUUGGCACUCAGGUCGUGGUGCUUGAGGCGAGGGAGAGAAUCGGAGGUCGAGUGUGGGAUGAUACUCGUCUGGGCGUCACUGUGGGUCAAGGAGCCCAGAUUGUCAAUGGCUGUGUAAACAACCCCAUCGCCCUGAUGUGUGAACAGAUGAGCAUCAAGAUGCACAAACUGGGAGAGCGCUGUGACCUCUUUCAGGAGGGGGGGCAGGUCACUGACCCUGCCUUUGACAAGCGCAUGGACUUCCACUUUAAUGCCAUCCUUGAUGUGGUGUCAGAGUGGAGGAAGGACAAGUCACAGAACCAGGACACACCACUGGGAGAAAAAGUCCAGGAAGUUAAAAAGAACUUUCUUCAGGAGUCUGGUAUCCAGUUCAGUGAGUUGGAAGAGAAAGUGCUUCAGUUUCAUCUCAGCAACUUGGAAUAUGCCUGUGGAAGCACAUUAGACCAGGUGUCAGCUAGAUCCUGGGAUCACAAUGAGUUUUUUGCACAGUUCUCAGGAGACCAUACUUUACUCACUAAGGGCUACUCUGUUCUACUUCACAAACUGGCUGAGGGACUUGAUAUCCGCACAAAAUGUCAGGUUCAGUCCAUUGAUUACUCAGGGGAUCUUGUUAAAGUAACCUCUUCUAAUGGGUCACAGUGGACAGCACAGAAGGUUCUUGUUACGGUCCCACUGACUUUACUACAGAAGAACAUGAUUCAGUUUAACCCUCCUCUUCCUGAAAGGAAAUUGAAAGCGAUUCACAGUCUUGGAGCAGGGAUCAUUGAAAAGAUCGCUCUUCAGUUCCCACACAGAUUCUGGGAUGGUAAAAUCCAAGGAGCAGACUACUUUGGCCACAUCCCUCCAUCUCCUGAUAAGAGGGGCAUGUUCAGUGUUUUUUACGACAUGGAUCCACAGGGGAAGCAGGCGGUCCUCAUGUCGGUUAUCACUGGUGAUGCUGUACCUGCUGUUCGGGAAAUGGAGGAUAAGGAGGUGGUCGACGAGUGCAUGAAGGUUCUGCGAGAGCUUUUCAAAGAACAGGAGGUUCCAGACCCGGUGAAUUUCUUUGUCACACAUUGGAGCAAAGACUCAUGGUCCCAGAUGUCGUACAGCUUUGUGAAGACUGGAGGCAGCGGGGAGGCCUACGACAUCCUUGCAGAAGAUGUGCAGGGAAAAGUCUUCUUUGCUGGCGAGGCCACAAACAGACACUUCCCUCAGACUGUGACCGGCGCCUACCUGAGUGGCGUCAGAGAGGCGAGCAAGAUGGCUGCUAUGUAAACUCAGAGAGCACCAAAACACACCAGCAUAGACAAACCCGUUGCCUAGAGCAAAAGAGCAUGGGACUGUUAAUCAACCUGGCAACCUCGCUUCAAUUCUCAUGAUGUUUCCCUGUACUGUGACGUGAGUGAAUAGUAAGAUGUUAUGUGUCACUUUCCCACAGCGGGGUCAGGUAGGGGUCACCAGGGCUUUGCUCUAC